CGAGAAGCGCGGCCAUCAGUCGGUUUGAAAUCGGCCUCGUGUCUGCGUCUCCUUCCACGACUUUGGCCGAGCGAACAACAAGAAGUAGAAGUGUGUGUGUGUAAGGCUGCCACAGCGAACCACAAUGUCAACCACGGAGAAGUCUGUCGCUAACGCUGGCGACGAUGAGGUCAAGAAGGGAACCAAGAGGGCGGCUGAGGAAGCCACCGAUGACGCCAAGAAGCUGAAGGGAGAGGAGAAUGGCGAGGAGGAAGUAGAGGAGGAGGAGGAUCUGGAGGGAGAGGAGGACGAGGACGACCUGGCGGAGGCCGAGGAGGAGUUAGACGAGGAAGCGGAAGAAGAGGAGGAAGGUGAAGGCGAAGAGGGCGAGGGAGAGGAAGAUGAGGAGGAGGAGGAGGAUGCGUAAGGAGACAGCUGCAGAAGGAAGACCGGCAUUGUACCCCUAAGCCGGGGACCACCUGAGGAGAGGACGCACGGCCGGGGGUGCCGAGGGCGAUGGGCUCUGCUCCAGUUUUUAUUAUUGUAUUAUAUUUCACGUACCUGUACAGUCAGUGUGAGCGUGUGGCGCGCGAGUGUGAAUGUGCAAAGAGGCCCCCCUCGCCCCCGCCCCCCCGGCUCCACGGAGCUCAAGCGUCCUCUACCCUAGAGCAGCGGCGACGCCCGCGCCCACCUGCCGCCCACCAGAACCUCCGCCCGCACGCCCACGCGGGUGGUGGGGCCGUGGGAUCCCGGCGCGACCAGGCAGCAGCAGCAUGAGGAGCAGGAGGGAGAGGGCGCGGCACCAGCGCACCGUCGCCAACACACCACUGCGUGUAGUGUCUAUUUUCCAUUGAUACCAAAAGCAAGCAGGGCUCCCUAUUUUAUUUUUCUACAAUGCAUCUCUUUUGAACUGAUGUGUUUUUUGGGCAGUACAACAUAUGAUGAUUUUCAUUCUUUAAUUUCAUAGGAGUGACAAGUGUCUCAUUUUGUGUGAAAGUCAAUAAAGCUUAAGUUGUCUGUAUAUGUGCUGUCUCAUUCUGUGUUCUCAUCCGCCGAGGUAGUGCGACCGGACGAAUAACAUCGUCCGCGCCUACAUGACGAGACCCAAACCUCGUGACUGUCACCACACACGUUUAUAAUAAAACUGAAAAUAGUUUUACUAACCUGAGUUUCUUUAUCAACCACAUGGAUGGAAAAAAAACAGUACCUGGCAUUAUUACUAUGGUAUGAUUUAUUUAAAAAUAAUAAAAGUAAAUAGUA